AUGACGCCGCCUACUCAAACGACCGAAACCUGUUCAGUGUUUCCAACAGAAGUCCUCUCGGACGGUUGCGUCUCACACGGCUCGUCCUCAACUGGGAGCUCCGACGCCCUUAGUGCCGAUUCUAAAAAGCCAGAUGGUGUUUGCUUCGCCAAGUACUGCGACUCAUGCCAAGAGGCUCGCAUGUCCUCUGACUAUGCUGAAAGAAUCCUCAAUCUUAUGAAACCGCUCUAUUGCAUAGCAUGCCGAAAAGAACGACCCUCGAUCCUAUUUUCCUACUCGUCACGGAGAGAAUCAUCGGCAAUACGGGUCUGCAUCGGUCACCAAGGAUACCGGCCUAUUUGUCCCCAUUUAAAAGUCUCAUUUGCAGAUAUUGAAAGGUGGAUGAUGGAAGGCAAGGAGAUUGAAAUCACCUGUCACGAGGCAAAUUGUCUAGCUUCCACAGCUACUGUUUGUUAUUGGACCUCACAUCAAGAAACCAAACUCAAGUGGACUGUUACACUAGAUCGACGCUUCUCAAAGGCUAUAGUCUGGGACGACUGCCGCACUAAACUGAAAGAAUUACACCAGUCUUUCCCUGCUUUUCUUUGUCCUCAUUUCCAAACCACACCAGAUCGUCUCUAUUACCCGGAACAUUUCGAACGAAGCUCGUUGGCCACGUGUAGCGCGUGCCGGAAUCUCAUUUGUCUUCGCCAGGUGGGCGAAGUAGACCGAAUCGAGAGCAACUGGUUUCUGGUUUCUGGUGCAAGCUCAAUGGAAAGACUGUUUAAGGAGUGGAUUGAGGCUCUUGAUCCAGACAGCUAUGGGCAUUUUGACGAUCAGGAUACCAAGUGCCUUACCUGGUGUGAUAAUCGCUAUUGUAUUACAACCUGCCAGCUGCUGCACUUCUCUAUAUUGACCUCAUUUCCAGCAAUACACAGCAUAUCUGAUUGUCAUGCAGAAGAAGGUAGAGAAGUAGUAAGCCAUCUCAACUGGAAGGUUAAAAAUAGAAUCAACUAG